ACCAACAAUAUACUCAAGGCCACCGGUCCGUGAGCGAGUACACUAAAGAAUUCUAUCGUCUUAGCGCCCGCAACAACCUCCGAGAAUCCGAAACUCAGCUUGUCGCUCGAUACACUGGAGGUCUCCGUGAGUCAAUACAGGACAAGAUAGAACUUAAUUCUGUGUGGACCUUGAGCCAGGCCAUGAAUUUUGCCUUGAAGGAUGAAUCACAAUUGUCAUGGCAUUCUCGCAAUCAGUUGACCAGAAGGAACUACGGGGAGUCUCACGCUGAAGCUUCCAAGGGCCCCCCUUCAAGUGCUCGAACGCCUCAGGCGUCACAAUCCUCGCCCAGCAUAUCCACUCCUCCAAGGCCUGGAAUUGCUGCCGAGUCUCGAACUCAAGCCAGAGCGCCUUUGCCCGCACGAGAGAAUCCUUAUGGCAGGCCGAACACAUUGAAGUGUUUCAGGUGCUUUCAGCCGGAGCACAAGUCCAACGAGUGUCCGAGCCGGCAACAGAUACAACUCAUGGACGGAGAGCAUCCACUGACUGAAGGCGAUUCUGCCGCGGGAGAACCUGAUUCCGAGGAUGGCUUUGAGGAUGUUCAUGGUGACAGCGACGAUCCAGUAGUUUGUGUCAUUCAAAAAUUGCUAUUAGCGCCACGAGGUCCUACUCAUUCCCAAAGGAAUGCCCUGUUCAAAAUGCACUGCACCAUUCAAGGAAAAGUCUGUGAAGUCUUGGUUGACAGUGGAUGUACCGAGAAUGUGAUCUCCCGCACGGUAGUUUAAGCCCUCCAAUUGAAGACCACUGCUAACCCAUACCCCUACAAGGUAAGCUAGAUCAGGAAGGGGACGGAAGUGACCGUGAUCGAGAUGUGCCGUGUGAGCCUGUCGAUCGGAAAACACUACACCUGUGAGGUACUCUGUGACGUGAUCGACAUGGAUAUCUGCCACCUUAUUUUGGGAAGGCCAUGGCAGUAUGAAAUGGACGCUGUCUACAAUUGCCGGCAGAACGUUUAUACACUUGACUGGAAGGGGAAGAAACUUCGGCUCUGCCCACAGUACUCAACUACAACCGGUGCAACCUCUGCGCCCAAUGCGGUCAAUGUGGCCUAUGGUAAGCUGUUACUACAAUCCAGACAAGAUCUUGACUCUAUCAUGGCUCUAGUGGUUUCCGACAGCCAUAGUGGCUCUGCCCCUGCUCCGCCUCGGCUGAGAUUCAAGAAUUACUGUCCAAGUUCGCUGACGUCCUGCCUCCCGACCUGCCCCCAGAUCUCUCGCCCCUGCGGUCAAUUCAGCAUCAGAUUGAGUUUGUUCCCGGCGCCACCUUGCCCAAUCUACCACACUACCGCAUGACUCCCAAAGAGUACUCCAUCCUGCAGGAUAUCAUCGAAGAUCUUCUUAGCAAGCAGAUGAUCCAACACAGCCUGAGCCCCUGUGCUGUGCCAGUGCUAAUGAUACCGAAGAAGGAUGGUCAAUGGCGUAUGUGCGUCGAUAGCCGCGCCAUUAACAAAAUCACUGUGAAGUACCGAUUCCCGGUUCCCAGGGUCUCGGAUUUGCUAGACCGGCUGGCGGGCGCGGCAGUCUUCUCCAAAUUGGACCUCCGUAGUGGCUACCAUCAGAUCCGCAUUCGUCCCGGAGACGAAUGGAAGACCGCCUUCAAAACGUGCGACGGACUCUACGAAUGGAAGGUAAUGCACUUCCGGCUUUGUAACGCACCUUCCACUUUCAUGCGCCUAAUGCAAGAGGUGCUGCAACCGUUCUUGGGAAGAACUUGCGUAGCUUAUUUCGAUGAUAUACUCGUCUAUAGCACUAACCUUUCAGAUCAUGUGAAGCACCUGUCGGACAUCUUGCAACUGUUACAGCGCCACCAGCUCUACCUGAAUCCGCACAAGUGUGAGUUCGCUUCCCCCAGCAUCCAUUUUCUAGGAUUCAUUCUGUCUGCCAAUGGUGUGGAAGUCGAUCCACGGAAGGUCCAGGCGAUUCGUGAAUGGCCCACUCCUCAAACACUGUUUGAUGUCUGAAGCUUCCACGAUCUCGCAAACUUCUAUCGCCGAUUCAUCCGAGGAUUCAGCAUCCUCGUGGCGCCCGUCACUGAUUGUUUGAAGGCUGGCAGCUUCACGUGGACCUCCGCACAGCAGCACAGCUUCGACCCCAUCAAGGAAGCAUUGUGUUCCGCCCCGGUCCUGACCUUACCCAACUUCGAGAAGCCCUUCAUGUGGACACAGACGCCUCGUUUAUAGGAAUUGGGGUCGUGCUGUCGCAAGACUCCCGAUCGAUUGAGUUCUUUAGCGAGAAGCUCAGUCCGGCGCGACAUAAGUGGUCAACUUACGAACAGGAGCUGUACGCCGUCGUAAGAGCUUUGAAACAAUGGGAGCACUACCUUCUUCAUCAAGAUUUCGUCUUGUGCAGCAAUAAUCAAGCCCUUCAAUAUAUUAAUAAUAAAAAGAACAUCAGCCGUAUGCACGCCCGCUGGAUUGUCUUCCUCCAGAAGUUUACAUUCGUGCUACAACACAAGGCGGGCAAGCUCAAUCGAGUGGUUGACGCACUUAGCCGGAGGGCUGCUAUGUUGGUCAGGUUACAAACCGAGAUCACCGGACUCGAGGAGUUGAAGACUCUAUACACCGCGGAUGAGGAUUUUGCACAAUUCUGGGCGCAAUGCCAGUCCGGGCAGCCCCCAGGUGACUAUAGUCUCCGCCACGGAUUCCUGUUUAAAGCCAACUGUCUCUGUAUACCUCAGUCAUCCUGGCGCCCUUUCCUAAUUAAGGAAGUCCACUGCGGCAACUUGGCUGCCCAUGUCGAAAGGGAUAGAACUCUGGCCCAGCUUCAGGCGAGGUUCUUUUGGCCGCACCUAUCUCGCGAUGUAUCCCGAUUUGUGGAGCGAUGCUCGGUUUGCCAAACCUACAAGGGGACCGCACAGAACACCAGCCUAUACCUACCCCUUCCAACACCGGACUCAAUCUGGGAGGAUCUUAGUCUUGAUUUUGUCCUAGGCCUCCCGCGAACCAAGACUGGCGCCGAUUCAAUCAUGGUAGUGGUGGACAUAUUCUCUAAGAUGGCGCAUUUUAUCCCCUGCAAGAAGACCUUCGACGCCGUUCAUGUAGCCAAACUCUUCUUCAAGGAGAUCAUCCACCUCCACGGGGUACCCCGGAGUCUAACGUCUGAUCGCGACAUUAAAUUCGUCAGCCACUUUUGGCAUGACUUGUGGAAGCGUCUUCAUACGGAGCUCAAUCUUAGCUCCGCCUACCACCCACAAACUGAUGGCCAGAUAGAAGUGGUGAACCGAACCCUCGGCAAUAUGCUACGUUGCCUAGUUCAGGACCACCCAAAGAAGUGGGAGGAGAUGCUAAGCCAAGCUGAAUUCGCUUUUAACUCAAUGCCAAACCGAUCCACUGGCCACUGCCCAUUCAGCAUUGUGUAUACCAAAAUGCCAAAUCAGGUAGUCGAUGUUGCUAUACUACCAAAAUGCCUUAGCACUGCUGCUACCCAAGCCGCCGAACAGUUCAAAGACAUCGUGGAUUGGGUGCAUAGCAAAUUAACUGAGUCUAACCGCCUGUACAAGCAGCAAGUUGACUCUCACAGGCGUUUCAAAAGCUUCAACCCAGGCGACCUGGUGAUGCUGCGACUCAUAUGAGAGUGCUACCCUAUCGGUACCUACACCAAGCUCAGUCCCAGGAAGAUCGGGCCCUUCCCUGUUCUGCGGAAAAUAAAUGACAAUGCUUAUGUCAUUGAUCUGUCGGUGGACAUUCAGACAUCUUCUACCUUUAAUGUGUCGGACAUACAUUCGUACCACCCUCCCGACGACGCCGACACCGCUUUAACCUCGCCAGAGACGAGUUCUUCUGAAGGCGGGGAGACCUGAUGCGGACCGUUGACCCCUCCGCAAGCCCACGCUGCCACUGGGCUGCCACCGUGGCCACUACCUUACAUAUACUUACUUUUUACACGUUUAGCAUCCUUUAUUUCUUUUUGUUAGUUACGGGUGCAGGGACCUGGCAUAUAUAGCUGUAAAAGGUCUUGUUAGGAGGUAUCAAAAAAUAUACUAAAGCUCUUCUUCCCCAAAUUACUGUUCCAUUGCUUGGUUUCUUGUUUCUGCAGGUGUUCCCGUCGGCGGCUGAUCCCAGGCGUUUCCUCCUCGUAAGCACGGGUGAGUCCGUCAAGCUGUAGAUAACUUCUUUAUCUUUCCUACAUUUUAUAAUUUGAUUUAAAUUAAGGCA